AUGCUGCUCCAACGGCGUGGGAUAUUUAUAGCACUUGGCAUCGUGCUAUCAGGCUACAGAACUAUAAUACCGGCUGAAGCAGUUCCAGAUGCCGAUGGAUAUGACACCGUUCUAGAAAGCGCAAUCGGAAAGUACGAAAAAAAUAACAAAGCUGCCCUGAAAGAUGCUUUAUCCGCGCUGAAUGAUUUGGAAGAUGGCUACUUAUUAAAAUAUCGCUUUGGCUGGCGUGAGAAUGAAGCUGGACGCCUACAAAAAGCUCAAGAGUCCGGGAAUCAUUGGGAGCUAACAGAGUUUGCCCGAAAAGGACCAUCUUAUCAGGAGUUAAUUGAUCGUUUAUGGGUUGAGAUGGCGAAGUUAUUGUCAAAAGUGCCAACCCCACGGCCCUCAGACCCAGGUAGGGAUACUGGAAUGAUGGACUCAUACCGAGAUCCGCCCUCCCAGCCACCGUCAGAUCACGCGGCGGGCAGGGAAUCUCAAUCGUCAACACCUUUACCGGUGUCCACAAACGAAGAUAAAGUCGUGGCCUUUGAUAAUAUUGUAAGGUUUAUGAGUUUUGCUAUUGACUUCGCGUUUAUAAAGGCAGAUCUAGCCCCGAAAUUCUUCCGCUUCCAAGGUCGGUCGAUUGAUAAUCAACAGUUAUCUAUUCUCAAAGAACUAGCCAAUUUCUUGGAUUCUAAGUGGGGAAGAGGUAGUCCCUUCAGUAUCGGUCGCUCUGACGUUGAUGGGUUUACUCGCUAUCUCUACUCAAUUCCGGAUGAUGUUGAGCAUACAGAUAGAUCCGCCUCGGAUUCCGAAGAUGAAGAAUAUUGGGGAUAUGAACCACUACUACCCAUGAGACACGAGUUUCAACCUUCUGGUCUAGUCGAAUUCCGAACGGGAUUGUCACUAUUAAAUCAUGCUGUGAGCCAGCUCCCCGGAUAUUGGGCUCGGGCUGUAGAACAGAGGUUCACGGGCGGGAUUCCCCCCAACCAUCCGGAUGUUGUGAUCGCCCGGGACCUUGCGGGGCAGAUACAAGAAUUUCUUGAAUUUUACGCGGAGGGCUUGUCGACUUUGUUGGUGAGGGUGGAAAAACUUCCCCCGCUGACGACUCGUUGGGUGGAGCCGACACAUGAGCAAGUUAAAUGGUGGAGGAAACAAGGCCUCAGUGAUAGCAUGCUCGAGGAGAAUGAAGACUUUUUCAAAGACUUGAAGGUACCCGAUAUGAACAUAGAAGACGAAGAACAAGGCGAUAUACUCGAAGAAGCAUCCGUAACGGAAUACCUCCCUUCGCCUGCAAACGAGAUAGAGGCCGAGUUCGACUUUCAACCUUUAACAAACCCCAAUCAGAACCAAAUAGUUCAAGAGAUAGACCCUAAAAUUUGGAACCCGUUAGACGAUGAGCUAGACUUUGGUGAUUUUGAGAAUGCGAAUUUGGAAUCAUUUGUAACUGAGCUAAACUUUGGGGACACGGUACCUGCUUGGGACCCAAAUGACCUCGAGCUGCCAGAAUAA